CGAGCCACUGGACAUGAUUUGGGUACCGGCGAAGGUGGUAUUUCGAGGUAUUGUGAGAAUGUGAUCAGACGUGGCAGUAUACUGAGAGUAAAGCGUCGCUCACAGGCCAGUCAGUUACAUUUAUACUGCGCCAGCGCCUCAGGUGGGCAGUCAGUCGUGUCGAGGAGGGUUGGCACAUACGGAACCAACUCUGCUGAAAACCUAGCGUCCGACCCUGCAUAACGUCGCUUUUUAAUUCCUCCCAAGCAAGAUGGCUAGGAUUGGCGAGGGGCAAGGAAUUCCCAGCAAUGAAUUUAAAAAGGCUAUCUACGCCAUCAGAGGAAAUAAUCGUCAGACAAAAGGAAUGGCAUGUGCGGUUGCUAUUGAAGGACAAAACGAAGGCUCUGUUCUGUUAGUCACUGACACUUGGAAUGACCCAGAACCGAUCACGGGAUGUCUAUUGCACCGCUAUUCAAGGAUAGAGCAACACUUCAGAGACUAUCAACUCAAACCUGUAAGCAUCAGUCAACGUGGGGACUUUUCGCUAGUCAUAUGCGAUGGGAAAGACACCAACUUUAAGAUAAAGAGUCUCCAUAAAAAGUGUUUGAGUGGUCAGCAACUCGAGAGGGACUUCCGGGUUUACACGAUUUAUCGAGAUAAAUGUAUCGAUCUGGAAUUAAAAUACAGCAAUGGUGGUCACAAUCUUAUUGACAACAACUUACCUGAUCUCACAUUAUGCGGAUGCCCCAUCAUUGAUGGAGAUAACUCUGAAAAAUAUCUUGUGGGAGUUUUGACGAUCAACGCGAAGGGCAAAGCUACUCCUCGUUUCCUGUCUAAUGGGGUGUUAGGUGAGUAAUGUUAAUAAUGAGGAAUGAAAAGUAGGUAGGUUGAGUUUGAUCGUCCGGGUGAACGUAGUCCUGAAUAGGACUGUUGUUGUUGACAGUGACUGACGUUUCGACAACCUGUGCGGUAGUCAUCUUCAGAGUCAAAGUGAGUUGUAUCACGUCAGUUGAUGGUAUUAUACUCUAUUAUGCAAAAUUAUUUGUAUUUGUAAAUUUUUUGCUAAUCAAAGGAGCCCUGUCUUUUUCUAUAUUCAUAUUAAUAUCUUUAUAUGAGCAGUGUCUACAUAUGUUAUUCAAGUAAAGCCAGUUUUUGUGAUCGUGGACUAGUGUCUAGAGUACUGCUAAGGUCAACACUGCAGACACUGUCAAUCAAUACAUUGACUGUGAUUAUAGAACAUCUCAGUGUCACAUUUACUUUUACAGUCAAACCAGGUCGGGUGUUCCCGUCGCGAGCAAACUAAUGAAUUCAUUAAUGGAAAAAUGAUUUAGUUUGUUGAUUCAAUCAUCCAUUCAUAAAAUGAAUAAUCCAACAGUCAUAUUGGACCUCGAUUUAAUAUUAAAUGUUGAUUUGGUUUAUGAACAAAAUCUACCUGCUCUUUAUUCUUGUCUGUUGAGUUCAAUCGUAUUUGCUUCCCUUUUCCUGCCGUUUACGAUUGGGUUUUUAAUUGCCUUUUAUCAAAGUAACAGCUAGAAUAGACAGACCGCAAAAGCAAAGAAACUGACAAAGGCUGGGGAUCGAAAUCCACCAAUCACUGCACAUACACUGACCUCAGUUUAACUAUUGUGUUUUCUAAGAGGUCAGGUCCAUUGCACUGAUUACUGGAAACAAAAUGUCGUACAUGUAACAGUUUGUUUGGGUUUGAACUUCACAACUCGCCCAGACAAAACAAAAUUCUGAGGUUGACUUGUGGAAAGUGUAGUUUUUCAAAAAAACAGUAAUUGAAUCAACAUUCCAUUAUGGAAUCGAGGCUAAAUAUGAAUAUUGGAUUGUUCAUUUUAUGAAUGGAUUAUUGAAUCAACAAACAAAAUCAUUUUUCCAUUAAUGAAUUUGUUAGUUCAUUAGCUACGGGAACGCUUGACCUGGUUCGACUGUAAAGGACUUAGUUUCCUUUGUCAACGCAUAUAGCAAUUUCUGUUAGCUGAGUUUUGUUUUGUCAGUGUGUCUUAAGAUCAUUGAAGUACAUCAUUAACUUCAAUAUUUUUAAACUGAAAAUGUACAUCAUUCUGAGUAAGAGGGUGCAUUUAUUUAAUAAUUUCUUAUCACAGAUCCGCCUGAAUUCACCUCACACCAACAGAGUCAGACAUUGAUGCAAGAAUCAAGUGUAACCUUUUCAAGUGAUGCAAAUGGUGUUCCUGAACCAACAUUUUCUGGGACCAAAGAUGAAUCUUCUGUAACUCCCGACAAUAGAAUCAGUUUAUUAGCAGAUAACAAGCAACUGAGCCUAAAAAAUGUGAAUGAGACAGACAGUGGAGAAUACAGAUGUGUGGCUGCCAACAGUGUGAGGACAGUUAACUCCAAUGCUGCUACAUUGACAGUAGAAUGUAAUUAAGAAUACCUUUACUCACUUUUUACUUAUGCCCAAUUUUUAUUGCCGUACAGUCCUGCAGAGCUAACUAAAAUGGUCUUUCAAUAUCCGUUCCAUUUCUUUUCUUCUGGUUUGUCUCUGCAGCCACUACAUAUGAGCUUAGUUGAUCACAAAUACUAAAAAAAGGAAAAAAAACUUGUCCUUGACCUCAGUUGCCUUUCACGUUUUUAAAAAUUCAGAGUCAAAACUGUUAGAAAACACAAUUUUUUGUUUGUUUUCUUUGCUGAUCAAGGGAGCCUUUCUAUUUCCAUAUUCAUAUAUCUGUAUAAAACCUCUUUUGAAGCAACACUGGUGAGUAGUAUCUAACAACAACAACAACAACAACAAUUUUUAUUCUUGCAUGCACUAGUAUAAACAAAGUAAAACGAAGAAGUUCAGUGAUCGAAUUAACUACUCAGUGCUUACUGAUGUACUUAAUUGAUUAAUAUAACAAUGCACUAAGAUAAGGAGUCUCUCUUAAAGAUAAGUAACGCAGAAAAGGAAAAGGAAAAAAUUAAGAGUGUGUCCAUGAGAGAACCAGGCAGGAGGUGAUAAUGCUCAAAUCACGGAUUUCGCUCAAACUUGGCACAAUUGAUGGGUUUGGUGAGAUAUUAACCUCGACAAAAAAUAAGGUUGCAAUGUUGAAUUCCCUGGGAUUUACAGGGACCCCCUCUAAAAACGACAAAAUCUAUUCCUUUUUGCAUAAUUAAUUAGCUGACUUUGGUUUGGCUGUUCAACAAGAAGAAAAGACAACUUCAAAUCUAAUCAACUUUUCCAUCUUUUAUGUUUAUCAAACUUAAUGCUCAGUAAUUUAUUUUUACUCUCUAAUUCGAUCUCUUCCUAUUAUUUAGCCUAAAGUAAGGACAUCUUCUCACUGUUUUGACCAAACCCUAAAUUUAAGGUAUUUUAGUGGCUAACAUCUCCCAUGAGCAACAACCUAUGUACUUAAUUCUCACAUAUUCUUUGAAAGACAUCUUUAAGGUUAUCAAAUCAGUCAUAAAAUCUUUGGGCAAUCUGAUACUUUAUCAAUAAUGACGUAUUAUGUGCAUCUGACUUGACGCUUAUUUGUCAUUUGACCAAAAUUGGAAGAAACGUAACAUUCGUUUUUUUAAACAAAAAUAGCACAAAGUUGACGAGAAGUCACAAAUCAGAUGCGUCAUUAUCGAUACUAAUAGCGGAAUUGUUAGAACGUGUCACCUGAGGCAUGUUUUCCGUGUUAUUUAUGGACGUUUGGAUGGAUAUUUUAUGGAACGCUUGAGUAAACACAAGGAGCAAAAGAG